AUGCAGAAAAAUGCGAUCCCACCCGGUCAGCAAGCUCCAUGGGCAUUGAUGAAUGCACCUGGUGUGACUAGUCUAAAAUUAGCGGCAAGCACGAGCAUGGACCCCUUCGACGCUCUGCCCCUGAAAAUGCCGUUCAAGUCACAGGAGUUAUAUCACUACUUCUAUCAAACUGGGGCGGCCUUUGCUGUGGCCCCAUCAGAUCCAAAGGAUGACUGUUUUGCUUUGGCGACGCUGGAUGAACAUGCACUUCGGAGCACGAUUCUGAUAGCUGGUGUUCACUACUUAUGGAACACCGGCAAUUCACAGGCCUAUGAAUCCGCCUUUCUCUUUCACAAGAUUGAGAGUAUACGCAUUAUAAACACAUGGCUCAAAGUUUCAGACUCCAAAACAUUCGUUGUUUGCGUGAGGCAAAUCUUAACAAUAUGCCUGGCCGAGGCUUGUCUUGGCAAUCUUCCAGCAGCAGAGACUCAUCUGAACGGCAUUAUGGCACUUUUCAACAGCCGUACCCAGGAAGAUAGCGCUUUCAAUAGCACCGAUGAUAGAAACACCGAACUUGCUAAUCGAUACCUUCUCCUAGCGUCUUGCUUUGUUCUCAUUUUGAAAAGCCGUCUAGAAGACUUCAUGGUUUUUCGCGCAAGUCAAGGCAUCAACUCCUAUCAGAAUGAUUCAUCAGCUGAGGCCUUGCAACUAAUGAAAAUGUGGCAUGUUAGAGAGUAUGGAGGCCUCAAUACCAGAUUGAAGGCUAUGCGUCUAUUUCCGUACUUCUUCAGCCCGCCUCCACUAAAUCGUCGGCCCAAACCGAUAGAUGCUUUGCCUAUCUUUGAAUGUCUCAAAUCUAUCACAAAGACCAUAGAUCAGUUCCGCAUUAAUCCCACAGCCGAAGGCCUUGACCAAGUUUGGAAUGAGGGCGGCCCAACAAAGCUACUCCUGGUGGUAGUUGAUGCUCACGUAUCAUCCUUGACAAGGAAUGAUGAGAUUUUAGGCUUUUCAAGCGAAGAGAACUUGCCGCAAUCUCAUCUCCAAACCUCGUGGAGCGGCAUACUUGCAACCGCGGCACUAUACAUGCAUAGCGUGCUCAAUAUCGCCAAUGCGGGUGAAGCAAUCGAGUGCCGGCUGCUUUAUCGCAUUCUUCUAAUAAUGAAACAAGACAUUGAUCAGACUCGGGAUGAUCUAAGUGGGGAUCGUGGGGGCCUGUAUCAGACGCUCUGGUUCUGGAAAGUCUUUAUAGGAGCUCUGGCUCUGGGUAGGAGCCAAGGCACGCACAUAGCUAUCGACAUGAAGACUGCCAAGCCGUCUGUGAAAUGCUCCUGUGAGACAAACUUGGAGGAGCUGCAUGAUUGGUUUCGUAAUAAUGUUCGGGCUUGGAGCGUCGUCACUGGGAAAAAAACUUGGAAAGAUGCGGAACCCGUAUUAGCGACUUUAGCAUGGCCAGCUGUAUUGUCUCAAAGUGAAAGGGACUAUGCAGCCAGUUCAUGGGCCGAAGGGAUCUCAGAAUAG